CACAAACCAAUCGGGUGCCUUCACCCCAUCCCAGACCUCAUCAUCUUCUUCCCCCGUCUCUCUGACCAUCUCCUCCUCCCUGAAGACCCCCAGCUUCCUGGGCCAGUCCUACUCCUUCAGGAUCUGUUCACCUAUUGCAGGGGACCAGGGCACAAGGGCCCCAAGCCAGGGCACCAUGGAAGGCCCAGACGGAGUGGCCCUGCCUGGGGGCUUCACCCUUAUCCAGCUCCCUAAACCUGGAGGUACUGGUGGUUCUCCCCGGCUAUCCAAACUAAUCAGAACCACAGCCGUGGGUGAAGCGGUAGCAGCCAGAACUUCGCAGCAAGGAGGUUCUCAUCUGGAGACCAAAUCUUCCUCUGGACCUGCAGGUGGAAAGACCCAGAAGAACCAGAAAGGAACCUCUUCUCCAUCACCUCUAGCCUUGAUGGAAGUUAAAACAGAGACUGUGCAAUCUGAAAAACUCUCUUACACCCCAGAGUUAAAUACCAAUACACCUGACUCCAGAUUAGCUCUAUCCCAGAAGAAACAGAGUCUGACUCAGUCAAAGGGCCUUAAAUCUGACCUUAGAUCAGCCAAAGUCAACUACUCUAGUCCCACAGAGCCCAAUGAGCUGACCUGUGAUGUGGGGGAGAGGGGUGAUGUGGGGGAGGGCUCGCGACCGUGGAGCCCAGAAUCAUGUCAGAAAGACACAAAGUUCAGUCAGUUUAUGACUCUGAGAAUGCAUGAGAACGGGCAUCCUGAUUUUAAUGUUGAGGACUCUGAUACGGAUCCGGGCGACUCGUCGGAUGACUCGGAUUCCGACAGUGAUGAAUAUGCCGAGGAAGAAGAGGAGGAAGCGGGUGACAUUGAGACAGUGGAGGAGAGGAGACUGGGCGUCACCGUCACUCAGAUGAGGACCGCUGUCAAACACACACAACAAAACAGUCAGGAUGGUGAAACGGCACCAAAGGAAAUGCGUCAGAGGGAAAAGAGAGAGGAGCAGGGGUCUGGGUCUGGCGAGGGAAGGGGUCGUAUGAACCGUACCCUGUCGGAGAGGUUGCGUCGCGGCGAGCAUCAGAAACUCUUCACCAGACUCAAACAGGUGCUGUUCAUGGAAAAACUGGACCCCAAGGUCUCGAAGCUUCACCUCCUUUCACAAGCUCUGAAGGAGAUUCGUACCCUGUCAGUGGACUCUGAGUCUCUGGAGGAGAAGAAAAGGAUGCUGACUGAGAUCCAGUCUGUCUAUGUCAAGGAGAUGACAUACAUUUCUGGGAAGCCAGAGGAGCUGGUCAAGGCCAAGCUGAAGGAGAUCUGGGAGAAGAAGAGAGCUCUGGCUGCCCAGAGAAGAGCAGAUGUGCCCUCUACCUGCCAGCUCUCAUCACCCGCCUCCACCCCUAGUCCCAACACCCUGACAGUGUCCCAGUUGUCUCGGGCUAGCUCUCUGGAUCAGGCAGGGGCAGCUAGGGGCUCUGUGAAACCAGUGGCUGCUGUUCUACGCACCAAAAGCGGCAAGAUCAUACUUCCUGCUUCCAUACCAGCAGGAGGAGCGGUCUACACAAUGAAGGUUAUGAAGAAACCAACAGUCACCUCCCUCUCCACCACCACCAACGCCACCUCAGCUGCCAAGGAGGCUGUGGAGAAGGAGAGCGCUGAGGAAAAGGAGUGUACACCCCGGAUUAUCCACCCCUCUCAGCCCCUCUCGCAGACCCCUAGCCCACAGUGCUCUGCGUCUGCCACUGACCCUAAGAAGAAGGACCAGGGUAGAGUGUCUGGGGAGGCUGAGCAGUUCUCAGACAGCCCAGCAGAGGUGAGGCCAGAGGUAGGUAAGGAGGAACCACAGGCCCCUGUCUGUAAUGGAUCCAUGGAAGAAGAGACUUCCAUAGAGAAGGACAACAUAUCAACUCCUACAGAGAAGAAGUCCCUUAACAGAAAACCUACUAAUCAAGUUUUUAUUGAUAUGAAGUAUCCCCUCGUGGACAGCGCGCCCCUAAACAGUGCCAUCUGGAGGCCAUUGGAGAAACCGCAGGCGGUGGGUGAGCGUGAUCCAGGACGCUGGGGCUUGUCUCUGACCAAGGGAGAGGCAGCCGUACUGGUGAAGGCUCUCUCUGAACACGAGGGCAUAGUAGUGGGGCGGAAUGGAAAGGAUAGUAUGGUCACACCGACGCGCAAGGAUAACCUGGUCCAACACAAUGGAAAGAAGAGCUCUGUGACACUGAAGGGCAAGGAUAACCUGGUCCAACACAAUGGAAAGAAGAGCUCUGUGACACUGAUGGGCAAGGAUAACCUGGUCCAACACAAUGGAAAGAAGAGCUCUGUGACACUGAAGGGCAAGGAUAACCUGGUCCAACACAAUGGAAAGAAGAGCUCUGUGACACUGAAGGGCAAGGGUAGCUCAGUCACACAGAAAAGAAAGGAUAGCUCAGAACUACAAAAAGAACAGGAUAGCACAACGUCUCAGAAAGAAACUAAUAGCUUGGUCCCACAAAAGGAAAAUUAUAGCUUGAUCACUCCGACAGCAAAGGACGGCUUGGUGACAUCAAAGGAAAAUGAUUGCUUGCUGACACAGAACGGAGGGGGAGGCUUGGCAGAUGGCUUGGAGGCUCCAACUGUGAAGAGAACACGACGACCGCCACGCUUGGACAUUAAAUCCCCACCAACUGAACAUAUCACUACUACCCCUGUGGCAACGACUGAGGGUAGCCCAGCCAACGUUACACAAGCCACGGGUAGUACCCGUACCCCAGUGUCUCGACCUGGGGGUAUUCUUGUUACUAACACUGGGGAUGGUGAAAACCAACUAACCCCACAGGAACCUACGAGGCAGGGUAGGACUCCUAAAGUAGGAUGGGUUGGGGUUACUACUAGUCCUGUGGUGAUUACUGGGCCUGGAGGUAGCUCUGCCAAAGUGACUCCAGCUGCGGGUAGCCCUGUGAAGAGAGCUGCCAGUAGCCCUGCCACUCGGGGUAGGCCUCCUAAAGUACUGAAAGCUGGAGAUAGCCCUAGCCUGGCCCCUGGAACUCGGGCUGGGUUAAGCCCUGUGGUGAAGACUGAUGGCAGGGCAGCUGGACAACCCGAGCUACAGUUAAUAGCUCUGCAGCAAUGACUAAAGGAAGCCCGGGUAAAACACCACAGGCUGUGGGUCGGCCUGGAACACGGCCUGUGACCUGCUCUGUUGGUGGGAAGAGGACGAUGAGGUCUGACAAGGCCUAGUGGAGCUGAGACUAAGGCUGCAUUUCCACACUACCUCCAUUGGUGCAUCUCAAUACAGUGUGGCUCAGUUGGUAGAGCAUGGCGCUUGCAAAGCCAGGGUUGUGGGUUUGAUUCCCGCGGGGGACCAGUACGAAAAUGUAUGCACUCACUACUGUAAGUCGCUUUGGAUAAGGGUGUCUGCUAAAUGACUAAAAUGUAGAAAUGUACAGUAGUUGUCUACCUCGUUUCCUCUCCCUUCACUCCAAUGAUGAUGCAUUUCAGCCUAGUUCCAACCAGAGGAACAAGGGAAUCAUACUCAACACGUCACGUCAACAGAUGUCAUUUACUUACUGUCUUUAAAGGCUGCACUCAGGUCCAGAAAUCCCAUUGAGACCGCCACAUGUGCCUGUUCACAAAUCCAAAGGACCCUGGACAGUUAUGUUUGUGUGAGUUAACCCUGUCUCAGCUUUAGUACUCAUCUGCCUGCCUACUUGUGAAAACACAACAAAGCAGACAAUGAUUUACACCUACAGGACAGUCAGUUUUCAGAACAUCUCUAGUCAUUGAGCGAAACGUUAAAUGAAUGAACUGUAUUACAUGUAUUGAAGGUUUGGCUGCUGUUUGAGUAGUUGUACAUGGGACAUUAGCCCCAUGUUGGGGUGAAUGUGGGAUGUCCUACUUUUUUGGUGAAGUCAAUAGUUAUUAUGUUGUAGAAAGUUGAUUACUUGUGCUAUUUAAUAAUCAAACCCCUGUAAUUGUUGAAGAUAAGUUCAAGGGAAGGUCUGUACAAAAAUAAUGAACAUGUAUGACCACAAAACAGGUCAAUUACUUUCUGGUCCAUUUUUGAAGUUACCAAUAGGCCCUAAUCUUUGCAGCUGAAAAUCAUUGAUUUCAGAUACAACAUUCAUGUGUUUGUUCAUGUCAAAAAAACACUGUAAAUGUUAUUUCUAUGCCACUGUAAAGACUAUGUAUUAUAGCUGCGAUUUGUUGUGUCCAGUCCUUUUAAAUACACUCUUAAUUUCAUUACCAGGCUUUUAGGAGUUCUCAUAAUUAGUACUUUUAAGUCUUUAGCAAAUAGAAUCUCUACUAUUUAUUUUAUUAUUUCUACACAGUCACAACCAUGUUAAAUAUUUUAAUGUGCCUUAUGAAUUGCUUCCCUGUCUGUUUUACAAUAGUACUCCUCGUUCAAUGAUUCUCAUGUCUGAUUUUUGACGAACUUAUGCAUAACAUGUCAACAUUUUUGUUAUGACAUUUGACAUUUGUUUCAAUUUUGUGUGUCAAAAACAAUCACGAUUAAAGCCUAGUGUGUGUGUGUGUGUGUGUGUGUGUGUGUGUGUGUAUAUACAAAUACUCUUUCUAAAUGUUUGUCUGACUUGAGUGUUGAAUAAUGCUCCUCAAUGCAUUUUUUUGUAAAGAAUUGACUGCUAUGUCAGUCACUGAGAUGUGCUGGCAAGAUACUGUGGCCUUGAAAAUGAAUUAAACCGUAUACAUUU